CCCGGGCACCCACGUGGGCUGGCUACGGGCCGCGCUGCUGGUGCGGCGGGAGAGAGGCGCCAUGGGCAAGCUGCGCCGGCGGUACAACCUCAAGGGGCGCCUGCAGGCGGGCCCCGACCCCGGCAAGGGGCCCCCUGCCCCGCCCGCGGUGCGGCUGGAGCUGGAGGACAAGGACACGCUGAAAGGAGUGGACGCAAGCAACGCCCUUGUGCUGCCCGGGAGGAAGAAGAAGAAGCCCAAGGCCCCUCCUCUGUCCAAGAAAGAGAAGAAGCCUCUGACCAGGAAGGAGAGGAAGGUGCUGCAGAAAAUCUUGGAGCAGAAGGAGAAGAAGAGCCAGCGAGCAGAGAUGCUCCAGAAAUUGAGUGACGUCCAGGUGUCGGAGGCCGAGAUGAAACUCUUGUACACCACGUCCAGGCUGGGCACUGGCGACCGCAUGUACCACAGCAGAGAGAAGCCCGAUGCCCAGGCAGUGCAGGGCCAGCAGAAGAUCAGCAGCCUGGGGGGUGCCCACCGGAAGCGCGGCCACUGGCUGGCAGAGGGGGAGUCCACGUCCUCCGAGGAGUCGGAGCCUGACGAGGCGCCUGCGGCUGACGGGCCUGGGGCCCACACAGGGUCCCCCAGCGCACCUCUGCCACCGGCCCCAGCUGGCAUUGGGCACGAGAGCCCCGCACCCAGCAGGCCGCCCCGUGCAGCCCGGGCAUCUUCUCCCUCUCAGGGGACAGCCUCCCACCCGCCGAGGCCCCUGGCCAAGCCUGCAGUGUUUGUCCCCGUCAACCGCUUGCCCGAGAUGCAGGAAGAGCGGCUCAAGCUCCCGAUCCUGUCUGAAGAGCAGGUGAUCAUGGAGGCGGUGGCCGAGCACCCCAUCGUCAUCGUGUGUGGCGAGACUGGCAGCGGGAAGACCACGCAGGUGCCCCAGUUUCUCUACGAAGCCGGCUACAGCAGCAGCGACAGCAUCAUCGGAGUCACAGAGCCCCGCCGAGUGGCCGCUGUGGCCAUGUCCCAGCGAGUGGCCCAGGAGAUGAAUCUGUCACAGAGGGUGGUCUCCUACCAGAUCCGCUAUGAAGGGAACGUGACCGAAGAGACCAGGAUCAAGUUCAUGACGGAUGGGGUGCUGCUCAAAGAAAUCCAGAAGGACUUCCUGCUGUCCAGGUACAAGGUGGUGGUCCUGGACGAGGCCCAUGAGCGCAGUGUGUACACGGACGUCCUCCUCGGCCUCCUCUCCCGCAUCGUGGCUCUGCGGGCAAAGAGGCACCUGCCGCUGAAGCUGCUCAUCAUGUCGGCCACACUGCGAGUGGAGGACUUCACCCAGAACCAGCGGCUCUUCCCCAAGCCGCCGCCCGUUAUCAAGGUCGAGUCCCGGCAGUUCCCCGUGACCGUGCACUUCAACAAGCGCACUCCGCUGGAAGACUACGCUGGCGAGUGCUUCCGGAAGGUCUGCAAGAUCCACCGGAUGCUGCCCGCAGGCGGUAUCCUGGUGUUCCUGACGGGCCAGGCCGAGGUGCACGCGCUGUGCCGCAGACUCAGGAGGGCCUUCCCAGCCCCCAGGGCCCGGGCACCAGAAAAAGACCAGGAGGACUCAGUGGAGGAAAUGCGAAAGUUCAAGAGGUCCCGGGCCAGAGCCAAGAGGGCUCGGACUGCGACGUUGCCCCAGAUCAACCUGGAUAAUUACUCGGUGUUGCCAGUGGGCGAAGGCGACGAGGACAGGGAGGCCGAGAUGGACGAGGAGGAGGUGGCCCUGGGCUCCGACCUUGAUUUGGACCUGGGGGACGGAGGGCCGGACGGAGGUGAGCAGCCGGACGCCUCCCUGCCCCUCCACGUGCUCCCGCUCUACUCCCUGCUGCCCCCCGAGAGGCAAGCGCAGGUCUUCAGACCCCCCCCAGAGGGGACGAGGCUGUGUGUGGUGGCCACCAACGUGGCCGAGACGUCCCUCACCAUCCCGGGCAUCAAGUAUGUGGUGGACUGCGGGAAGGUCAAGAGGCGCUUCUACGACCGCGUCACUGGCGUGUCUUCCUUCCGGGUCACCUGGGUCUCCCAGGCGUCAGCUGACCAGCGUGCGGGUCGUGCGGGCCGCACGGAGCCAGGCCAUUGCUACAGGCUGUACUCGUCGGCCGUCUUCAGUGACUUUGAGCAGUUCCCUCCUCCUGAGAUCACCCGCAGGCCGGUGGAGGACGUGGUCCUGCAGAUGAAAGCUCUCAACGUGGAGAAGGUCAUCAACUUCCCCUUCCCAACGCCUCCCUCCACGGAGGCUCUCGUGGCUGCGGAGGAGCUGCUGAUCGCGUUGGGGGCCCUGCAGGCCCCGCAGCAGGCAAGAAGGAUGAAGCAGCUGGAGGUGUCCCGGCUGAGCUGCCCCAUCACAGUGCUGGGCAGGACCUUGGCCACCUUCCCUGUGGCUCCCCGCUAUGCCAAGAUGCUGGCGCUGAGCCGGCAGCACGGCUGUUUGCCCUACGCCAUCGCCAUCGUGGCCGCCAUGACCGUGCGGGAGCUGUUCGAGGAGCUGGACAGGCCAGCGGCCAGCGAGGAGGAGCUCGCCUCCCUGAAGGGCAGGCGGGCCCGGGUGGCCCAGGUGAAGCGGGCCUGGGCGGGGCAGGGAGCCUCCCUGAAGCUCGGGGACCUCAUGGUGCUUCUGGGCGCCGUGGGAGCCUGCGAGUAUGCCGGCUGCUCACCCCAGUUCUGCGAGGCCAAUGGGCUGCGGUACAAGGCCAUGUUGGAGGUCCGGCGCCUGCGGGGCCAGCUGACCACUGCAGUCAACGCUGUGUGCCCCGAGGCCGGCCUCUUCCUGGAUCCCAAGAUGCAGCCGCCCACCGAGAGCCAGGUGACCACCCUGCGGCAGCUGGUGAUGGCCGGCCUGGGCGACCACGUGGCCCGCAGGGUGCAGAGUGAGGAUCUGCUGGAUGAGAAGUGGAGGAACGCCUACAGGACGCCUCUCCUGGACGACCCGGUCUUCAUCCACCCCAGCUCCGUCCUCUUCAGAGAGCUCCCCGAGUUCGUGGUCUACCAGGAGAUCGUGGAGACCACCAAGAUGUACAUGAAAGGUGUCUCCGCUGUGGAGGUCCAGUGGAUCCCGGCUCUGCUGCCCUCCUACUGCCAGUUCGACCCGCCCCUGGAGGAGCCGGCCCCCGUCUACUGCCGCGAGCGGGGCCGGGUGCUCUGUCACCGGACCAGCGUGUUCUAUCGCGUCGGCUGGCCCCUCCCUGCCGUCCAGGUGGAUUAUCCGGAAGGCCUCGACUGCUACAAGCACUUUGCGAGGUUUCUGCUGGAAGGGCAGGUCUUCGGCAAGCUGGCCUCUUUCCAGGGCUGUCUGCUGUCCAGCCCGAGCACCAUGCUGAAGUCGUGGGCCAGGCUGCAGCCCCGGACUGAGAGUCUGCUGCGAGCCCUCGUGGCAGAGAAGGCCGACUGCCGGGACGCCCUGCUGGCCGCCUGGAAGAAAGACCCCACGUACCUGCUGGCCGAGUACUGCGAGUGGCUCCCCCAGGCCGUGCACGCCCGCAUCCAGGAGGCCUGGCCCCCCACCUGACGCUGCCCGGACGCUGGGCUGCAGGACCGGGGCCUGAAGAGCCCUGAAGAGGCUCCCGCACCGGCGGCUCCCCAGCCCCGGCCGCCUGUCCCGCUUCCUCUUUUCUAACUGUUUAUUACAAGGUGGACAGUUACUUUGUCUCACAGGCUAGUCCCUGUCUUAACGUGCUCUUUGGGCUACAUUAGCCCCCGUGGAACGCCAGGACUGGGGGCGCCUGCUGGCCCUUCCCCGAGGUGGGGUGCCCCCCUCCCUGUAGCUGCAGAGGCCCCAGGGCUGCCCCGACCCUGGCCCUGGACUCAGAGCUGUCCCAGGCUCUGCUCUGACCUCAGACGGCCUGCCUCUGGGAGGUCGGCCCCAGGACUUCCGUGUGUUCUGGUCACAGGGACCGAGCAGUUUGUCCCCCUGAUGGUCAGCUGUCAGGCAGCAGGGAACAGCAGGGAGCUGACCCUUGGCCAUGCUGCAGAGGGCAGGCCCCAGGACUUCCGUCAGCUCUCUCCACAAGUCCCGCGUGGGCGAGGGAAGGGGUUCCUGUCCGAGGGUUGGGCUGGCUGUGAAAUAAAAGCUGUGAAAUUUGUUUAUCAGAAACAACAAGGGGAGACAGAAUUACCUGAAGAGCAGGAGCGUGGCCACUGGAGCGUCCAGAAAGGUCUGGCUUAGUAGAGGAAGGAGCCCUGCUCGCUGUGUUUAUAGCGCCGCAAUCAAAAGGACACUAGGAGCUUCUUCCAGCAAAACAGGAUGGGGUGGCGUCCAGCAGGCCGUCUGGCUCUAGCGAGCAUCUGAAUCCGGGCGAGGGAGCCCAGGAUGAGCACUCAACUUGGGCGGCCUCGCUCAGCGCGACCGAGCGUUCCCAAGACCAGGUCUUCCUGGUCGGGGCCCAAGUACGCUCGGUUCUCACACGUCACGGGGGCUUCCCACGGUCAGCCUUGAACGGGCCCCAGGUGGCACAGGGGAGCCCCAGGCCCUGCCUCCUGUCCUGUGUGGUGAUGGCCAGCGUCUCCUGAGCCGAGGUGGAGCCUGGUCCCUGUGCCCGGCUUCCGUAGCGCUGGUGCAGACAGGGCCACGACGUGCCACCAGACUGUUCUGAGUAUGGACUUGGGGGACGACCCCGGGCACAGGCCGUCCCUGGGGGUCAGCCCUGCGGCCUGGCUCUCAUCAUGGCCCUGGCUCUCACUGUGGCCUCCCUCGCCGCGGCCUUGCCUCCCACCGUCUCAGAGCCCCAGCAGGUUCCUUCUCCGCUGUGUGGAGUCCAGCCCCGCCCUUCCCUCGCCAGCUUCCUGGGGCCAGUGGCCCCGGCAGCCGGAGGAGCUUGACCCACCGGCACUGGGCAGGAAAACUCGGGUUCCUUGCCACAUGCAGAGCUGGGCUGCGAUGGCAGCUCUCUAGAAACCCCAGCACUGCUGCUGGCAGCUCCAGAGGGAAGCAGUGUCCCUCCCUGGCCACCCUCGGAGGCACCGGAGCAGCCACCAAGACCCCUUCUGUCACCAGCAUCCCUCCCACCCCACAGCCACCCCAAGGAACCACAAUUCCAAACACACGGGUCUUUUUUUAAAAACUGUUUUCAGGCUACAGCCGAGCACAGUGGUGCACACAGUCCCAGUGCCUCGGGCAGGAGGCCCCCAAGUUCCAGGCCCGCCUGCAGCGGAAGGCGAGGCCCGGCUCCCGCUCCGUGAAGAAUAAGACAGGCGGGCGGCGUGGCUCAGUGGUGCGCCUCUGGGCUCGUCCCGGAACCGCCAACGAACACACCACCGGAUCGGCAGCAGCCUUUCAUGUCUCCCCCGCCGGCCCCGCGUUGGUCCCUUCGGGUGUCUCUCUGAAAGGACAGACCGCACGCGGGCACCCAGGCACCCGUUCAUCCAGGAAGGGCCCUGGCGGGCUCCAGCUCCCGGCGGCUUUCAGGAACGGCCUUGCUGUGAGCUUCCGGAGCAGGUGUGUGUGGACGUCCCGAUCUCAGGUGUAUUCCUAGGAGAGAAGAUGCUGUCAGCCAGGUGUGGUGGCCACGCCCAUAACCCCGCAACUCGGGAGGCCGAGGUGGGAUCCUGGGCGUGAGGCCAGCCUCUGCAACUUAGUGAGACUCUCAAAGUAAAAUACAAUGUGGCUCAGUGGAAAAGCGCCCCCGGGCUCAGUCCCUGGUGCCAGAGGAAAAGUUCCUUGGUGGAUAGGGUGGUGCUCGCCUGUCAUCCCAGCUACUCAGAAGACAGGCAGGAGGCCUCAGUCCACUCGAGACCACCGGGACAAUAUAAAACAGGCUGAUCCGGA